AUGGAAACGGGUGCAGAGAAUGAGAACUGGUACCGCGGCAUGGCCUCGGGCGCCCAGGGCAUGGCGGCCCUCAGGGAGGCGCUGCAGAGCGCGGGCCUGGAGGAAAUGACUUCGGCGAUGGGGUCCCUGUCGAAGCCCAACAGCUCGCAGUGGCAGACCCUGCCAGUGCCCAUCGAUGCGCUGGCGCGAAGUUUCGGCGGAAUAUUUAUGCCGGGCCUCAUGUUUGGCAUUUGGACGGUGCAGCAACCUGGCAUCACAUCCCUGAAAGGGUGA